AUGAAGUGCGAGCAGUUUGAAGCUAAAUGCCCUGAGGGCCUGUGUCCCGGUUGGAAUGUGACAGUGAGGGGCGAACCAACCUCAGCUGCCAAAAGGUUUGAAAUCAAUUUUCUGUGUGACAAAAGUGAAGAAAUAGCAUUUCAUUUUAACCCACGCUUUACCGAAUCAAUGCUUGUGUGUAAUUCUUACCUUGCAAACAAGUGGGGUAAGGAGGAACGGUGCACGACAUGUCCACUCGAGGUUGAAGGACCAUUCCAGGUAGAAAUUUAUUCGGAUGAAGAACAUUUCCAUGUUUUGCUUGAUGGAACUGCAGUUUGUCAGUUCAAACAUCGAGUGGAGAAUCUUAACUCCAUCACCAAAUUACAAAUUCUGAAUGAUAUCAAAAUUUCAUCAGUGGAAAUCGCCAAAAAUAUCUAUAUGUGA